ACAGUUGUCGUGGGGGGAGGGCGAGCGCAGGCAAGGGGGAGGGAGUGUAAAUAGAGUGGCCGCGGCGCCGCGUCGGCCCCGCCACCUCCCGGGCGGCCUGCGAGGAGCCCCGCAGGGAGAUGGAAGAAAAUGAGCAGGAGCAGCGGCGGAGAAAGGUGGAGGCCGGGAGAGCAAAGCUUGCUCACUUCCAACAGAGAAAAGCAAAAGGUGACGGUACGCAUUCGAAGAAAAAGACGGCGAAGAGGAAGGGCUCGACUGUCGAUGCGCCUGUCCCGGAGGAGAGUCCGGUAGCCGCUGGGGACGGCGGUCUCCUCAGAGAAAGGGAGGCUGGGAAAGGAACAUUGAGCAGUGACACUCCUGAAAAGAUAGAAGGGGCACUUGUGGCUCAGGCGUGUGAGCAAGGGCAUGAGCUGGAGGUUGCCGCCCCGACGCGUCAGAACGAGGAUGAAACUGCACGGCUGCGGGCUGAGCUCCAGCAGGUGGCUGCGACCCAUGAGGCGGAGAUGCAGCAGAUGCAGCUCCAGACCCAGUCAGUGCACGCCCUCGAGCUGGAAGCACUGCGCCUGAGCCUGAGCAACAUGCACACGGCACAGCUGGAGCUCACGCAGGCCAACCUGCAGAAGGAGAAGGAGGCAGCGCUGACGGAGCUGCGUGAGAUGCUCAAUGGGCUGCGCGCCCAGGAGCUGGCCCUGGUGCAGAGCCGGCAGCAGAGCGAGUUGGCGCGCAUCCGGGAGCAGCAUGAACGCGAGAGGGAGGUGCUGGCGCUCCAGUGCGGGCAGGAGGCAGCUGAGCUGAAGGAGAAGCUAGAAUCAGAAGUGGAGAAAAACGUCCAGAUAAUUGAGACCCUGAAGCGAGACUGGGAGUCGGAGAGAGAAUUAUGCUUAGAAAAUCUACGCAAAGAAUUAUCUGAAAAGCACCAGUCAGAAUUGGAGAAUUUACGGAACCAGUUUAAGAGGGAACUGGCAGAGCAGAAAGCUGAGUUGGAGAAGAUUUUUCAAGCCAAAAAUCAGGCUGAAUGUGCCCUCAAGGACCUGGAGACUCAGCACGAGGCAGCCCUCCAGCACUUACGGGAGGAGUUACAGUCUCAGCAUUGCCAGCACUUAGAAGAUCUGGAGCUGAAAUGCACAGAAAAGGAAAAAGAAAAACAGCUCGAGUUAGAGCAUCUUCAGGCAUCGUACGAAGAGUUGAAGGCUCAGUCACAAGAGGAGAUCAAGCGCCUAUGGUCCCAGCUCGAUUCUCUGAGAGCCAGCAGGCAGGGAGGGCAGGAGUUAGACCAGCAACUCCUGGCUCCAGUGUCUCGCCUGGAAGAAUUAGAACAGCUGAAGCGAGACUUUGAGCAACGGCAGCAGAGAGAGAAAACCGAACACGAGGCCGAUCUGGAGCAGUUGAGGAUUUAUUUUGAAAAGAAAUUAAGGGAUGCGGAAAAAAACUACCAGGAAGAUCUCACCUUGCUACAGCAACGGCUGCAGGAGGUGAAGGAAGAUUCUUUUCUAGAAUAUGCAGAAAUCAGCCCGUCCAGUACGUUUUUAGAAGAGACAGCUGAGAAGGAAAGGAAAGAACACCUUGACCAACUUAAGCUUCAACUUGAGCAACACGAGGAGAGCUUGAUGUGUCUGCAGGCAGAGCUGGAAGAAAAGCACAGGCGGGAGUUGGAAGUGCUGAAGUCCUCUCUUGAAAUUCAGCAUGAGGAGGAGGUGAUGAAGGUCAAGAUGGACCUCGUGGACAAGCACUUUGCUGAGACCCAGGUGUGGAAGAGGGAGCAGUGCCUGGAGCUUGAACGGCUCCGGGCCACACUCUCAGGAGAGCAUGUCCAAGAGCUCACACAGAUGCGUCUCCAGCAUGCGCAGGAUGUGGCCUCAGAGGUGGAAACAGAGGUGGCGGCGAGAGUCCUGGGCUUGGAAAACGAGUACAAAGUUAAGCUCUCACUUCUUCAGACUGAACUAAAGGAAGAAAUGGAACUUUUAAAAAUAGAAAAUAGAAAUUUACAUGAGAAGUUGCAGCAUGAAAUCCAUCUGAGAGAGGAUGCAGAGAAAGCAAAAUGUAAUUUAGUUGAAGACCACCAGGAAGAAGUAAGGAAAACUAAAGAGAAGGUUCAGCUAAUGAGACAAGAAUUGAAGGAAAAAGAAGAAGAGUGGAAAGUUACGAGAGAGGACCUAAAGAGAAAAGCUGAAGAGAAAUUAACACUCAUGCUCCUUGAACUGAGAGAAAAAACUGAGUCUGAGAAACAGGCGAUAAUAGAUAAGUUUGAGCUUCGAGAAACUGAAAUGAGGCAGCUUCAGGGUGAGCAGGCCACCCAGAUCCUAGAGCUGGCGAGGUCUCUGGCGGAACAGCAGAGCCGCCUGCAGCAGCUGGAACUUGGCGUGGCCGGGGAUGAGCCUCCGAGGUGCAGCCAGUGUGGCCCUGCGGCUGAGGCCUGGGAACGUACCACGCUGCGCCUGAAGGAGGACUGUGCCCUUCAGUUGAUGCUGGCCCAGAACAGGUUUUUGGAAGAACGUAAGCAGAUGAUGGAGAAGUUUGCUGUGGAGCACGACACCACCCUGCAGGUGCUCCAGGAGAAACACAUGGGUGAGCUCCAGCUCCUCCAAGACAGUCACCGGCAGCGCAUUGUGUCCCUGACAGCCGAGCUGCAGGCUGAGCACCAGGCCGAGAUGGGCGCGCUGAAGGUUGCGCUGGAGAGUGAGCAGCGGGCACUUUUGGAGACCCAUGUGGCCGAGCUGCAGACCAGACAGACUGCAGAACUCAGUGCCCUGGAGGUGAAGCAUCUGUCAAACCUGGACUCCUUGGAAUCCUGCUACCUGUCUGCGAUCCAGAUCCUACGGGAUGAGCACAGGCAGGCUCUGAAACAGCUGAGCACGGACCUUGAGGAGCAGCUUCGGAAAAAGGAUUCUUUUCACCAGAUAGUUCUGACCCAGGAGCUAGAGAAGCUUAAACUGAAGCACGAUGAAGAGCUUCAGGGCGCAAAGGACAGUCUGAGGAUUGAAAUGAGCACAAAGCAUGUUGAGAACCUCAAAGCCAUGGCUGCUGAGCUUCAGCGAGCACAUCAGGAGGAGCUGGCUGCAGCUCUACAUGCUCAGCGGCGCCUGCUGGAGAAAGAGAAGAGCUCGGCCCUGGACAGGGUGGGCGCUGAGGUCGUGCUCGUGGAGCAGCAGCACCAGACCGCCCUGCGGGAGCCUAGAGACAUGCACGUGGCUGAGGUGCAGCUGCCGCAGGAGGAGGCUGUGCAGAAUGAACUUGAAAGUGGAAAGAAGGCUGCUUUGCAAGAAAAGGAGGAGGUACAUAAACGUAAGCCUGAGCAAGCACAGCCUCCUUACCAGAAGGAGGAAGCGUCCCUGUCUCUGCAGCUCCAGGAGAAGGAGCACCACAUUCAGCAGCUGAAAGACCAAAUUACAUCCUUAAGUAAUGAGAUUGAAGAGUGUCAUUCUGAACUUGAGAAACUACAGCAAAGACGGGAACGAGAAAACCAGGAAGGAACGAAUCUCAUAUCUAUGUUGAAGUCCGAUAUUGAUUUAUCUCACAGUGAAAGGAACGCACUCCAGGAUGCCCUCAGAAGGCUGCUGAGCUUGUUUGGAGAGACGGUGAGGGCUGCGGUUGCCAUCAAGAGUCAGAUCAGUGAGCGUGUGGGGCUGUGUCUGGACGAUGUGGGGGCCACUGGUACAGAGAGCCCGCCCAAAGUGUGGCCAAGCGUGGAGGCCCUGUGUGCAGGUGAGCACACAGGUGAGCAUGCAGCCCCCACACUGGAUGAGGCCCUGCCUGGGUUCAGCAUAGCUCCACUAGAGCCUGACGGGACGCUGCUUGAGUCUGCGGAGGUAUCUGUUGUGGCUGAGAUCAGCAGUCAUGUGUGCGAGAGCUUCUUUAUGAGCCCAGAGGCCACACUGGAGUAUGAGCAGCCGAUCAGGAAGGUCUACCAGAGCCUCAGAGUGGCUGUGAACAGUCUCCUGGAGAUGGCCCUGGACUCCAGCAGACAGCUGGAGGAAGCACACCAAAUUCACGCUCGUUUUGAGAAAGAAUUUAAUUAUAAAAAUGAGGAGACUGCACAGGUCAUUAGACAGCAGAAGGAGCUACUGGACUGCCUCAGUGAGGAGAGCUCUGCGACGGCCGCGCUCACCCGGGAGCUCCACCAGGCCCACGGCCUCAUCGAGGGGUUCAAAGAAGAGAGGGCAGACCUGCAGGUGGCGCUGGACCAGAAGGAGCAGUCAGAGCAGUGCCUGGUCUUAGAGCUGGAGCACCUGAGCCAGCAGCUCCAGGCGGCCACCCAGGAGCAGGCACAGCUAAAGGAGGAGUGUGCUGCCCUGCAGAGCCAGAAGGAGGUGCUGGCUGCCGGCGCACAGGAGAGAGAAGCUGGUCUCCGGAAGGAGGUGGAGUGUCUCAUGAAGGAGCAGUUGGAGACUAGGAAGCAGUCUGAGAAGGACCGCGCUGCUCUGCUGUCCCAGCUGCAGGUGCUGGAGUCUGAGCUCGAGGAGCAGGUGUCCCGGCACCAGGCAUGCGCCCAGUACGCAGACGAGGUCGUCGCCCUGAAGCAACAGAUGGCUUCUCUAGACAAGCACCUGCGCAGCCAGAGGCAGUUCAUGGACGAGCAGGCUGCGGAGCGGGAACAUGAGCGUGAUGAGUUCCAGCAGGAGAUCCAGAGGCUGGAGGAGCAGCUGCGGCGGGCGGCCCGGCCCCAGGCCACGGGUGCGCGGGACAGCCAUAGCAUGCAGCCGAGUGAAGAGGUUGAAUUGUUACAGGAAAAGUUAAGGGAGAAGUCCGAUGGGUUUAACGAGUUGGCUGUGAAGAAGGAGCUGGCUGACAGACGGCUGGCGGUGCAGCAGGAGGAGAUCCAGAGCCUGGAGGUGGCAGUUGCCGAGGCUGGCAGGAGGGCGGCCCAGCUCCAGGAAGAGCUGGAGAUGCAGAGAAGGAUUGGGGAAGAGUUACAGCAGGAUAAAGAAGCAUUACAGAAACAGCAGAUGAAUCACUUGAUUCUGGUGUCUGCAUUGCAGACUGAACUAGAAGAAGCCAAAUGCCGGGUGCCUCCUGUGGGCAGCCCUGCUGGGGCCGCAGAAGCACAGCCAGAGGCAGUACUACAGGCACUCCCUCAGCACGUGAGAGAGGUUUUGGACUUGAAAGAACAGCUAGAAGAACUUAAAGAUGAUUUAGCAAGUAAAAAUGAGGAAAUACUACAUCUGACCUUAAAACUAGAUGUGCAGGCCCGUCACGCUGCUGCCAGCCUCAGGGAGCUUCAGGAGGAGAAUGCCCACCUGAAGGCAUUUCUGCAAAACAAAGAAGAGGAAAUCAGGUCUGUGAAGGAGCAGCUGGAGGCGCAGCCCGGUGGGCCGAGAGAAUCUGUGGCCUGUGAGGCUAUGGGUAACAGAAGUCCUGAAGUGGAGGAGCUGAAAUCCAUUAUUGGAAACCUGCAGGAGAACCAAGCUCGGUUGCAGAAGGAGAAGGCAGAGGAAAUUGAGCAGCUCCACGAGGUCAUUGAGAAACUGCAGAAGGAGCUGUCUCCGGGGGUACCUGUGGGCCCUGAAAUCAGCGACAGUCCAGCUGAAAGUCUUCGGACUGAGCUGGAGCGAGGGCUGCUGGGUGUCCACGAGGUGGCGGCCGAGGAUGUAGCAGAGUCGGGCCCCCACGUGCAGGCACUGCAGGCAGAACUGGAGAUGGCGCUGGCGGGCAGGGCAGCCCUGGGCCAGCUGCUGGAGGAGCGGGAGCAGGAGCACCGCCAGGCCCUGGAGGCGCUGGGGCAGAGCCUACGGGCCACCGAGGAAGCCGCCACCCGCCAGCUGGCCGGGCUGAGGCACAGUGUGGCCCUCAAGGAAUCAGCACUGGAGGCACUGGCCUCCCGCCUGGCGGAGUUCGAGGAUACCUUGAGAGAAAAGGAAGCGUUGAUUUCAGAGAAAGAUUUAGAAAUCAGUGCAUUGAGCAAGCAGAGAGCAGCCCGCCUUGCUGAGCUGGAGGCCAUACUGGUGGCUGUGUCUGGGUUCCGGUGCACCCUGGAGCGGCAACCCAUGGCUGAGGCCGUGGAGCCCCCGGAGCUGCAGGUGUUGCGGGCGCAGUGCACACGUCUCAACCACCAGCUGCAGACCAUGAGCCAACAGUUCUUGCUGUGCCAGCGGGAGCUGGAUCGGCACCAGGCCCGCAGGGAGGGCAGUGCCGGGUGUGGGGUACCCACUGGCGCAGCGGCCGUCGAGACUGUGCCUCGUGAUGAUUUGGAUCAGGACGCAGGCAGUGGGCUGGUGCGCGCAGUGCCCCAAGGCCAGGACCCUCAGAGCCUCAUGAAGGACCAUCGGCAGCCAGCCCCUGGCUGUGAGGCUCCAGGAGGUGCGGGUCUGCUAGAACAACAGAACAUGAUGUCGGUGCUGGCUGCCUGCCAGAAGCAGCUGGCUUCUGAGCUCCUCCUGGUGAGGGACGAGGUACGCCUGAGCAGAGAGAACGGCUGUGGUCGGCUGCGACGGGACAAGCGUCAGGAAAAACCGCUGAAAGAUGGUUGGCUGCAGAAAGUAGACCUGUUAACUCAGGUGAAACAACUUCAGGAGAGAUUGGCUCGUCUGGUCCAUUCUGUGACUACCCAGGACACGGGCCUGGAAGGUUCCACGCACUCACAGCCAUUGGCACGCGUGACGCCUGCUCUAGAAAAUAGCUUGAGCAGUGUUUCCUGCAGCAGUGAGUCGACUGACAGAUUGACCCCUGCUGACACGUCUAAUACCCAGGAAACCACAUGGGGUGUCACGGAAGUUAACGAGCACCUGGAUGUUUUGACAGGAACCAGAACAUCAAACGUUCCAAUUCGAGAAAAAAUGGAACCACAAGGCUCACCAUUCUCUUUAAAAACUGGUUUGCAGAGCAGCUCUGAGGGUGUGGAGCCUGUCAGGACCCCAGCACGGGCAAUGGACCUGUCCUGGGGCUCCCCUGAGGUCGUCAGAAGGGACUCAAGCUUGGAGCCCCCACUGAACCUACCUCUGACACCCUGCUCAGAUGCCACAGGCUUGGGCAGCCCAGGUUGCUCACUGCUCCAGGCGGAUGACUCCGGCCUCCUUUGUUACCCGGUGCCCACAGCCAAGGGGAGGGCCUUGCCCUGGGUUGGGUAUCCUCUUGCUGUGGACACGCCUCUCUCCACUGACCACCACCAUGUAGAGAGGACGACUGCGGAGAAAGAUGUCGAAGACUUUAUUAUAACGCCUUUUGAUUCUCAAGAAAAUUUAAGAUCAUCUCCUCUUGGAGAUGGAAAAAGCGAUGGAAGUGAAAAAAGUGACGGCUCAGGUUUUGGAGAGAUUCUAAACGAAGGUUCAGAAAGAAUUGAAGCUCCACCUGCUAGUCCUGCGGCUCCUCUUCAGAAGUCUGGAAAGUGUCAGUCGCCACCAGUAGCAAUGAAGGAGAGGGAAGUCCAUGCAAAGCAAGUGCAGGCGCUGCUGAAGAUGGUGUGUGAUGAGAGCCACCACAUCCUGGCCUUGUCUGAGUACCGGCGCAGCGCCAGCACAUUGGAAAGGGGUGAACCAUGUGCCCCGCUGGAGCAUGUCCCAGGGGAGGGGCCAGGCCUGAUGGAGGCAGCGCCGGCCCUCAGAGGACCCCAGAAAGGAGAAAAGGAACUUUCUGACGUGUGUGUGGACUGGAGGGGAGUAUUCCUGCGGGCUGUACAGGAUGCGUUCGAGAAGGAACGGCAUGCCCUGGGCGUUGAGCUACAGUCCAGGCUGGGCUGGUGUGAGCCGGGGGACGGCAGCUACCUGCUGGAGCGGCUGGAGAGGGUUGUCCAGGAGCAGGGUGCCCUGCAGGAGCCGUCUGCGGAGUCACUCUGCCUGUCUGACCGGAGCAGCCUGCUGUCUGAGAUCCAGGCCCUGCGUGCCCAGCUGCGCAUGACACACCUGCAGAACCAGGAGAAGCUGCAGCAGCUCUGUGCGGCGCUCACCAGUGCAGAGGCCCGCGGGAGCCGCCAGGAGCACCAGCUGCGAAGGCAGGUUGAAUUACUGGCGUAUAAGGUUGAGCAGGAGAAAUGCAUAGCCAGUGACUUACAGAAAACGUUGAGCGAAGAGCAGGAGAAAGCAACAAGCGUUCGGAAGCUGCUUGUGUUGGAGCAGAAUGCCGUCAAGGAUCUGAAAUCCGAGCUCUGCGAGUGUAAGCAGGAAAAUGAAAGGCUGCUCAAGUCCCUGAAUGACGUGCAGAAGGAGGUCCUCCAGCUGAGGUCCGUGCUGGACAGUAAGGAGAAGGACCUGGAGGCGACGCUGGAGGAGCUGGAGGCUGAGCAUGAGAAGGAGCGCGCCCUGCAGAGCCAGCUGGAGGAGGAGCAGCUCCAGCAUCUGCAGAGGGAGGGCCAGAGCUCGCGGGCCCUGGAGGAGUUGCGAGCAUCUUUGGAGAAGCAGUGUGCUCAGAAUAACAGACUAUGUGUGGCAUUGAAACACGAGCAGACGGCGAAGGAGAACCUCCAGAAGGAGCUGCAGAUUGAGUGUUCGCGCUGUGAGGCACUGCUGGGGCAAGAGCGCAGCAAGCUCGCCGAGCUGCAGAAGAGCAUGCAGGCGGAGCAGGGCCGCUCCCGGGAGCUUUCGGAGGCCCUGGCCCACGAGCGCCUGCUGACGGAGCAGCUGAGCCAGAGGGUGCAGGAGGCCUCGCUGCCCCAAGCCCUGCUGCAGAAACUGGGGAUGGAGCAGGCCCGUGUGGCAGAGCUGCAGGUGUUGCUGGAGCGUGUGCAGCAGCAGGCUGUGUGCGCCCAGCAGAGGUUGGAGGCUGAGGUGCAGAUGCGCAGCGAGGAGAUCAAGCGAGAGAGGGAGCGGGAACUAGAAUUGCAGCGUCAGCGUGAUGAGCAUAAAAUUGAGCAGCUUCAGCGGACGGUGAGGGACCUGCAGUCAAGGGAAGACUUGCGUCCUGGUGGUGGCCUCUGUGCCAGUUCGCCCCGCAGUGCUGGCCACACAGAGCUGUGCUUCCCGCUGGAGCUUAGCCGCCUCAGAGAACAGCAGGAGCAGCUGGAGAAGGUACGGCAGCAGCUGCUCUGUGCUACCGGGCUCCUGACCAGCUUCAUCCACCAGACCGUGAACAGAACAAUUAACGAUUGGACAUCAUCGAAUGAGAAAGCAGUGGCCUCGUUGCUGCAGACGCUGGAGGAACUGAAAUCUGACCUGAGCACGUCCACCUCCUCUCAGAAAAAUACGGCACCACAGCUACAAAUCCAGCUCGUGGACGUCUUGCUCAAAGAUAAUGAUUCCCUCAGAAAGGUGCUCAGCACAGUGACCCAGGAGAAAGCAGAGCUGUGCAAGGCUGUGUCCAAGCUGGAAAAGACUCUGAAGCACCACGUGCAGAAAGGCUGUGCCCUGAGUAGGCCGGGCCGAGCUGCGUGGAAGCAUGAAAAGAUGGUUCUGCAGGGCUCACCGAGACACACGGACCCAGGACCCUGUGUGCCAGCCGUGAGUGAGGAAGCUACCACCUGCAGCAUCAAGAUGGAAAAAUUGUACCUGCAUUAUUUGAGAGCAGAGAGCUUUCGAAAAGCCUUGAUUUAUCAGAAGAAGUAUCUCUUGCUGCUGAUUGGUGGAUUCCAGGAUUCUGAGCAAGAAACCCUGUCAAUGAUAGCUCAUUUGGGAGUAUUUCCUUCCAAAGCUGAUAAGAAAGCCACUGCUUCUCGUCCUUUUACCAAGUUCCGGACUGCUGUCAGGGUGGUUGUUGCAAUCUUAAGAUUACGUUUUUUGGUUAGGAAAUGGCAAGAAGUGGAUCGAAAAGGAACUCUACUACAAGGCAGAGCCCUCCGCCCAGAAGCACCACUGUCCCAGUGGCAGCCUCCUCUGCCCGAAACCAGAGGGUCUCCCCCAACCCGGGAUGCUUCGUCCAGCCUCAUCAGGGACCUUGCCUGUGGAGCCGGGCCCACACCAACAGCACCACCACGCAGGAGGGAAAGAUCCACUCCAUCUCCAAAUUCAAGAUCGGAAAGGUCCCUGGAUGCUUCUCAAGAUCCAGAACAGUCCUUAACAGAAUAUAUUCACCAUUUAGAAGUGAUCCAGCAAAGACUAGGGGGGAUACCACCAGAGUCUACUUCAAAAAAAUCCAGCCGCCAGAAGAUAAAAUAACGAAUAAAAUCUUUGGGAUCGUACCUGUGACAGUUCUAUUUGAGGAAAAGAUUUGUUUUUUUUCCCUAAAGAAUGCUUGUGAUGUGACAUGGGAUACAUGUUCCAGGCAUCAGCACUCCCUCGAGCGCGUUCAUUAGGUGUUCAGACCUGUACGCUACAAAACCAAACGGAGUAUUCCUGUUGUGGUUUCAGUACGUCUCGCUCCUCGCCUUCAGGAGGUAACGUGCGCUCACAAACAGCAGGCACAGGCGCGGUUCGUGUGUGUUGGCAGUACGACACCUGCCAGCCUCCGAGGAGGGUAAGCUGGGAUGGCUUCCGCUGGUUUAUUUUCCUAAGCUGUACAGUUGGAAACUUUGAUUUAAACAGAAAACAUGAAAAACCAAGGGGGGGAUAAAAUUAAAGCACUGUUUUAUUUAUGAC